AUGGCACCAACCACAUCCUCGGAGCGACAAUUCGAUGUCUGCAGGCGCCCCGCCAACCCCGCGCAGCACAUCAAAUCUCCUUCCCGCACCUCCCCGCAGAAGCCAUCCACUGCCCCCGAGCGUUCGAAUUUCACGCCCAAAAGCGCAGCCCGCGACACAAAAAGCACGAGUAACGUCGAUAGUGACGCAUCCAGCGAGCUGUCUUCGUCCAGUGAAGAACCGAGCGAUGAUAGUGACGACGAGGACGAGUUUGCCAAUUCCGCCGACAAUGAAGACCCCAUUGUGAAUCUGCGCGCAAAUCAAGGCCAGAAACCUAUCAUGAAGCUGGACCCUGAGGAGAUGGGAGACGACAUCCGAUCUUUCUUGAAAGACUUCCUUCCCAAACUCAAAGCGGCCAACGAAGAGUUAGAGGCACAGAAGGCGGCGGGCACACUCAAGACCGCCGAAAUCUUGGAUGAUGGCGACCAGACUGCCGGGAGCGAUGGGGAUGAUGAGGGAGAGCAGUACAUCGAGUUGGUAAGUUCACGACCAUGA